UCCGCCCUCUAUAACGAAAAGACCAUCUACUCUAGCCAUGGCGGACGUAUUAGAUGUGAAAGCCGAAGAUGAGGAGGAAUUUGAAGUUGACGAAGAGGGUGAUGAGGGUGUACAGAAGUUAAAGGAGAAGGCGAAACGACGGAAGGGAAGAGGCUUUGGUGGAGAUUUCAACUGGACGGAGCCGUUCAUCGAACUGUAUGAGCAAAAUCCGUGCUUGUAUGAUGUGAGAAGCGCUGGCUAUCAUAAUCGGAUCUUGCGAAGGAGCGUAGUCAGCAACAUCGCGGAAGAAUUGAACGUCACAGAAGACCAAAUAUACAAGAAAAUCAAGAGCAUACGAGCGCAGUAUAUGCGUGAAAAGCAAAAGCUACGACAAAGUGAGAUAACCGGCGUGCCGUUUAGGGUGUGGCGUUUCAUGGACCAGCUGGCAUUCCUGGACAGUCACAUGAUUCCUAGAGCAAAUAGAUCGUCGCUGCCAUUGUCGUUCGAAGACAUAGAGGUCGACGCUCCGGCCGAGGACACCCUCGACGUCGUCGCCGACGGCAACGAGGACGAGGACGAGGAAGCUGCGGCGAUCGCCGCGCUCCGCGACAUCGCGGAGCGCGAGUCGCCGUCGUUCGACCACCGCGACCUAGCUCCCGCCGCCGCCGCCCCCGCGUCGUUCGACCACUACGACCGAGCUUCCGCCGCCGCCGCCCCCGCGUCGUUCACGACCACCCUGCGAUCGAUCGCGAGCCUGCCGAUGCGACGGCUCGCCAAGUUCCGCAUUCAGGGCAUCGUUUACCGCGCGCAGUCGGGCCUGCUCGCGCCGCGCCCGCACGAGGGGCCGACGAAGAGAUGGUUCCCCAGGCCGGAGACGACGCAGAGACUAGAGUCCAGCGAGGACGAGACUGCGGGGGGACGAACGCCGUCCGGCACGUCCGAGACACCAGUCGUCAUCGAUCGAUCAAGUGCGCGCGAGAUUCCAGCCUUUGUCUAA